GACUGUCAAACAUUUUUAAUUUCCUAUAAAAUUAUCAAAAAAAAUAUUCUCUUUAAAUUUUCAAAUAAUAAAGCACAUAAAGACAAAAAUAAAUACAUGAUGGGUGAUCAACGAAAUCAAAUUAUUAAAGGCAAUCCAAGUCAAUAUGUAAAACUUAAUAUCGGAGGAUUUCUUUAUUACACGACUAUAAGAACUCUAACUAAGGUUGAUUGUAUGCUCAGAGCGAUGUUUUCUGGUAAAUUAGAAGUUCUUACUGACGCUGAAGGUUGGAUUCUAAUCGAUAGAUGCGGAAAACAUUUUGGCACUAUUUUAAAUUUCCUUCGCGAUGGUUCAACACCUCUUCCAGAUACAGUUAAAGGGCUCGCUGAGUUAUUAGCUGAGGCUAAAUAUUACUGCAUAGAAGAACUAGCAGAAUCCUGUGAACGAGCUGUAGAGUCGAAAAGAAAAGAGCUUAAUCCCAUAUGUAAAGUGCCACUGAUAACAUCAGCAACAGAGGAAAAUUAUCUCAUCAGUACUAGCACGAAACCUGUUGUGAAACUUUUAAUAAACCGUCAUAACAACAAAUACUCUUACACAAACACCAGUGAUGAUAAUUUGCUUAAAAACAUUGAGCUAUUUGAUAAAUUAUCGUUACGAUUUUCUGGAAGGAUUCUCUUUAUAAAAGAUGUCAUUGGAUCAAGUGAAAUUGCGUGUUGGGUUUUUUAUGGAAACGGGAAAAAAAUUGCUGAAGUUUGUUGCACCAGUAUUGUUUACACAACUGAUAAAAAGCAUACAAAAGUUGAGUUUCCUGAAGCAAGAAUUUAUGAAGAGACACUUCAUACACUGCUUUAUGAAAAUCGUAACAAUCCUGAUCAGGAACUCAUGCAAGCAACAUCUACAACGCGCAGUGGAAUAAGUUAUACUUCCGAUGAAGAAGAUACUGAACGAUCUGGAGGACUAGCACGACUGCGUAGUAACAAGCAAAAUAAUCCAACGUGAAACAAACAUGAUUUUCUACAGCAGUCGUCGGUUAUUUGUACACUGUUCGGACUGAAAAUUGUUCAGUUUGCUAAGCCUAACAAGCCUUAGUAAAACAACAAGAAGAAAUUAAAAAAAAAAUUUGAAACAACAAUUUAUUUUGCCAAAGAAAAGGAGAAUAAGAAUGAAAAAAUCAAUCAAGUAAUAAUCUCGAUUAAACAAGCAUUAAUGAAUGGAUGAUGAUUGCAUCCGCAUAUAAAUAUACAUUUAAGGUGAACCAUUUGCUCCAAGAAACUUCAAAUAAGAUAUAUUCGAUGUUUUUAACAUAGAUAAAUCAAAUAACUAGGCUAAAUGAAAAAUCAAAAAAUUGUACUUUUUGAAAAAUGGAUCGUUUGAUUUGUGGUUGUUUACUGUCUAAAUUGGAGAUCUGUCUAGUGUAAUGACUCUUAAAUACAAUACAAUCUGUAAUAAAAAAAAUUAAAAAAAGUAGCAAAAUUUUUUAACGUUUUAAUGAAAUUUGAAGGAUUCAAUUUCAUUAACGUAACUAACUUCAGCUUUAUUAUGGUUUUUGAAGCCCUUGAAAAACUCGUAAGAAAAACACAAAAAUUACACAGCGUGAGUUUUAAAAGUUAAAAUUAAAACUUAAACUGAUACGAAAGCAUCACAUUUGAAGAUAAGAUAGUUCUGCAUUUUGUGAUCUGUAAAUUUCACAACUCAGAAUACGAUGAAUGACAAACGUAAUGGCUCAAGUCAGUAUUUACAGCCGACAAUGUUUGACUUCAGAUUGUUAAAAGUGAUGUUCAACAUCUUUAUUAAUAUUGUCGACCCACUGAAGAUUGGAAGAAACUUUGUAUUCAAACCUGCAGUAUCUGCAGCAAAACCAAUUUUUGAAGACUUCAAAAGUAAAGCAUUUAAGACUUUUGAUGGUUCCCAAGCUGUGAUGUUGAAACUAUUUGCCAUUUCUAUCGUCGGAUUUCUACUUUUUUGUGGCUCAAUUCUUUUCUACAUUCUCUUCUAUUUACUUUAUAUGCCUACAUCAAUCCAUGUCAAACCUGUACAUAUGCAAUACAGUAAACUAUGUGAAGAUAAAUCUUGUGACCUCGAAAGCUUGACUUCACCCUUUCACACUUUUCCGAUGGCUCAUCUACAGCUGAACAAAAAUCAACUAAUGAUGGUUGGACAGCCUUAUCAUAUUAAUGUCAGAUUAGAACUUCCAGAAACACCAAGAAAUAGAGAUUUGGGAAUUUUCAUGAUUUGCAUAGACAUGAAAGACAAAGAAAAUUCAUUAAAAUCUCAAGCGUGUCGUUCAACGAUGUUGAGAUAUCAAUCGCAAUGGAUACAGUUAAUAAAAAAUCUUUUCCUGAUUCCUUUAUAUGUAUUCAACUUUGGGGAAGAGAAACAAGUGAUUGACAUUGAAAUGUUUUCUGAUUAUAUUGACACAACAAAUUCAGUGACAGAUGUCUAUAUUGAGAUUCAAUCGAGAGUUGUCGAGUUUUACAGUGUUUCACUACAACUCAUUGCACAUUUUACUGGACUCCGCUAUUUAAUCUACAAUUUUCCCUUAAUCUCAGCUCUUAUUGGAAUAGUUUCAAUCUUUAUUGUCUUAGCUGUUAUCACUUUAUUACUUUGGUACCAUUACGACUAUGAAUUAGAUUGGGUUGAUGAAGCAAGGCGAAAGAUAACAAGAAAUUCCAAAUCAUUUGAUUCCUUACGGAAGGAAUCUUCGUCGAUUUCUGCAUUUGAUGAAAAUUUAAGUGUUAUCGAAUACAACGACAGUGAUAAAAUUGCAGACGAUGACUUCAUGUUCGACUCUGAUUAUGAACGAAAGCAAACGAAUUUUGAAGAGUGAAAAAUUUACAAAAGUUCUGUCAUGUCAAACAUUCCGGAAAAUAAGCCAAAGGAAAAAUUUAUCAAAUAUUUAUUCGAAGUGAUAGUGAAAGACUUUGAAAGACUUUAAAACUUAAGCUUCACUUUAAAAAAUUACUUGAAAUUUGUUUUUUUCUUUUUAUUCAAUGCCAAAAAUUAAAUAAAAGUCUUUUACAACUAUAAA